AUGGGUAAAGAGAUGAAAGGGUACUUUGUCGGCCCGAUGCCAGUUAGGGACUUUCUCCAGGAAUUCCUACCAACUUCUCAAAUUCCCGAUUAUGAUCCUUCAUCCUUCACUUCAGCCUUCGCCGUUGGCACAUUCAACGACACGAUCUCUAUUAAUGCCAUCACACCUUUCGCUCCUCAACUGUCGUUUGUCGACACUCACAAAUACGAAGACAUGAAAAACUGUUCGAAAUUAAAUUCAAUGGUAUUCAACAUCAAGUCGGAUGUCUGCAUGUAUCCCGAUGGAUGCAAACCUUCAUCUCCCAACUGCGAUGUUUCUGCCACAGAAAUCAUCAUAGAAUUCAAAUGGUCACCCUCACACGAUGCAUUCCGUCACCCUGGAGCUGAUAGCCUCGUGUCCCAGACGGAGAAGGGUAUGGACACCCUGGGACAAAUAACGAGUUAUACUGCUGCUCAGCUCGGCACCCAGUUCCGUACCCACGUAUUCUCUGUCCUAAUCGUGCGUGAUUGCGCUCGGAUCACCAGAUGGGAUAGGGAAGGGGCUAUCGUCACCAGCGCCAUCAACUACAAUAAUGAUCCAGACUUGGCUGACUUUUUCUAUUGUUACGCACAGGCAUCACCUAAAAUGUGUGGUGUUGAUACUUCCAUCACACUUGCUGGCGACAAGGAGGCCGACCUCGCAAGGUCACAGCUAAAUAUCCCCAGUACCACUCAUAUGUUGAAAAUCGAUGUCCCUAAUGUUGAGGGCUCUGGCUCGCUCACUUUGGUCCUUCCCCAACCUGUUAUGAAAUCUCACUCGCCUGUUGGCCGCUGGACACACGCAUGUCCGGCAUUCGAUCUUGUCAACAAGAAGCUCGUGAUGUUCAAGGACUCUUGGCGGGUAUCAUUACCCGAUGUCUUACUGGAAGGCAAAACAUACAAGUUAUUGAUGUCGCACAAUGUUUCCCAUAUCCCAAAGUGUAUCGCAUAUCAUGAUGUACCCCCCUCUAUCGCUCAGCAAUUCACUCAAACUACCAAGUUCAGCAGUGCUGAAUGGGCACUUCCCCACUUACCUCUUACUCUGCAUACUCAUCACCAUCUUGCCCUCGAUAUUGUGGGCAAAAAAUUGACCGAGUUUGAGAGUUCUCAUCAACUCGUUUCGUCUGUGUGUGAUGCACUGAUUGGUACGAGUUUUUUUAAUCCUCACACAACUUAUUCAUGA